CGCCCCCGCCUCCCCCCGCGGCGGGCUCCUCCCCGGGGGCGGAGGGCGGCGGCGGCGGCGGCGAGACGGGCAGGCUGCAGACCCAGUUGCGAGAGGCCUAUUCUCUGCUGAUCCGGGCCAUGCACGACCUGCCCCCCGACUCGGGCGCGCGCCGGGCCGGCCGGGGCGGGGCGGAGCGCGGCGGCGACCCCGCGGGAGCCUGGGCACCCGGCCCGCCGCCGUCCCCUGGCGGCGCUGCCCACCGCGCAACCCGCCCCGCAGACCCGGAGCCGCGCGCAGGCGGCGGCGGCGGCGGCCGUCGCGGGCAGCAGGUGUCCCCGCCCCGCUCGGCCCCGAGGGAGCCCGGGGGAGGUCUGCGACAGAGUCCUCGGAUGCGACUGUGGUCCAGCCGGAGCCUCGAGGACCUCCGGGCUGGCGCCAAGCCUCCUCCCUUCCAGCGGUGGCCGAGCGACAGCUGGCUCGGGGGCGACCCGCGUGGGGACCCGGACGAAGCCUCGCCACGUGGAGGCGGGAUGGACGGCUGGAGCGGGGACGGCGCGAGGGCCACGGUGCUCGCCGGCACCUCGACUCCCAGCCCCGAGAACCGACUCUGCGCGUCUGGGAGCCCCGGUGGGGAACCCGCGGGGUCCGCGGUGGUUCCCAGCAGCAAAGGAGCCGGCCAGGACGGGCUGCCGGUCCUCAGGCCGCCCGCGGUGACAGUCAAGAAGCUGCAAAAGUGGAUGUACAAGGGACGUCUGCUGUCCCUGGGCAUGAAGGGUCGUGCCCGCGGGACAGCCCCCGGUGUCGCGGGGACCCCGGCCACCCCCCCGAGUCUGAGCGCGUUGGAAAUGCACGCAAGCCCGGUGCUCCAGGUGCCCGCAGACCGAAGGAUGGCGCUGACAGAUUUAUUUGAAAAUGUCUAUGGUUCUUCGAUGAAGAAAAGAGAACUUGAAGAUCUGAAGAAUAAUAUUGGAUUCCAAAGUCAUAAGCCUCUUAAUAGUAUUACUGUGUCUAAGAAACGCAAUUGGCUAUAUCAGAGUACUUUGAGAUCUUUUAAUUUGGAAGAAGAAAAUAAGAAAUGUCAAGAUGUAUGCAUCUCACCUGUUUCCCUUUCUAAACAUCAGCUGUCACGACCUUGCCUCAAGUCAUCUGAAGAAUAUUGUACAUAUAUGGUGUGCAAUGCUACAGAUUCCUCAUUAUCAAGGAACUGUUCUUUAGAUUUUAAUGAGGAAAAUGAUGCAGAUGAUGAAGGAGAAAUAUGGUACAAUCCCAUUCCUGAGGAUGAUGACUUUCCAAAUGCCUUGCGUUUUGGUGAGGCAAACUCUGCUGUCCUCAAGUUUCCCACUGUCAGUUUGAGAGUCAUCUCCAGUAGUGACCUCAUGAAAGCAGAACAGCAUACUGAAGACUUGUUGUGCUUUUCUGAACAUAGAGGUAAUGUUCAGACUGCACAGUCAAAUGAAAUGAUUCCUCUAGAUUCCAUUCAUUCCACAGAGUUUGUGCAGCAGUGCAAGCAAAGGCUUGGACACAAGAUGCAGGAAGGUAUAAUGGAUGACAGUUCCAUGUUGAAAUCUCCUUUUGCAGGUCCUGGGAUCUUAGCUGCUACACAUAAGAUUGAAUUGGGUGUUACAGAACCAUCUUCUCCAAGCCCUAGUCCUGUGAAAAAAGGCAGUUCGAUUAGUUGGUCUUUCCCGGAUAAAAUAAAGUCUCCACGAACUGUGAGGAAACUUUCCAUGAAAAUGAAAAGGCUACCAGAACUUAGCCGAAAACUGAGUGUUAAAGGAACUCUGAAUUAUGUAAAUAGUUCAGAUAAUACUCCAUCCAUGUCUAAAUGUGGUUGUCAAGAAAUCCAUCACACGGUUAUUCUGCCUUCUGGGAACACUACUACAGCUGCCAAGAGGAAUGUUAUAAGUCGGUACCAUCUGGACACUAGUGUGUCUUCUCAGCACAGCUAUCAGAAGAAAAACUCCAUGAGUUCUAAGUAUUCCUGCAAAGGUGGUUACCUCAGUGAUGGAGAUUCACCUGACCUCAUAACUAAAUCUAGCAAGCCUGGACCUGAAAACAAAUUUGGAAAAGGGAAAGAAAUAAUUUCAAAUAGUGGUAGCAAAAAUGAAAUAGACAUCGAUGCCUUUAGACAUUACAGUUUUUCUGAUCAACCUAAGUGUUCCCAGUAUAUAUCUGGGCUCAUGAGUGUGCAUUUCUAUGGGGCAGAGGAUUUAAAACCUCCUCGGAUAGAUUCAAAAGAUGUAUUUUGUGCCAUUCAGGUAGAUUCCGUAAACAAAGCAAGAACAGCUUUGCUCACAUGUCGGACAACAUUUUUAGACAUGGAUCACACAUUCAACAUAGAAAUCGAAAAUGCACAGCAUUUGAAAUUAGUGGUGUUCAGCUGGGAACCUACUCCAAGGAAAAACCGAGUGUGUUGUCAUGGAACUAUCGUUCUCCCCACCUUGUUCAGAGUGACCAAGACUCAUCAGUUGGCUGUCAAACUCGAACCUAGAGGCCUUAUUUAUGUGAAAGUGACCCUUCUGGAACAGUGGGAAAAUUCUCUUCAUGGACUAGAUAUGAAUCGAGAGCCAGUAGUAUUUGGUGUUGACAUUCGAAAAGUUGUAGAAAAAGAAAAUAUAGGAUUGAUGGUGCCACUCCUGAUACAGAAAUGUAUUAUGGAAAUUGAAAAGAGAGGCUGUCAGGUUGUAGGCCUAUACCGAUUAUGUGGUUCAGCAGCAGUCAAGAAAGAACUUCGAGAGGCUUUUGAGAAGGAUAGCAAGGCAGUUGUUCUGUGUGAAAACCAGUACCCAGAUAUAAAUGUAAUAACAGGUGUUCUGAAGGAUUAUUUAAGAGAACUUCCUUCUCCUCUGAUAACAAAGCAGCUUUAUGAAGCUGUAUUAGAUGCAAUGGCAAAAUAUCCUUUGAAAAUGUCAUCAAACAAUUGUGAGAAUGACCCCAGUGACUCUGAAUACACUGUGGACCUGCUGCAUUGUCUCCCUGAUGUUGAGAAGGCAACUUUAAAGAUGUUAUUGGAUCAUUUGAAACUGGUGGCUUCUUAUCAUGAAGUAAAUAAGAUGACCUGCCAGAAUUUGGCUGUGUGCUUUGGACCAGUCCUGUUAAGUCAGAAGCAAGAGACUUCUAACCACAACAACAGAGUCUUUACAGAUUCAGAAGAACUUGCAACUGCUUUGAAUUUUAAAAAACACAUUGAGGUUCUUCAUUACUUACUUCAACUCUGGCCAGUGCAACGUUUGACUGUCAAAGAAUCAACAGGCAGUUUGUUCCCAGAGCAGAAGUCUUCUCUAAAUUAUUUGAGGCGGAAGAAAGAACGACCUUACAUGCUAAAUUUAAGUGGUACUGAUUCAUCAAGAAUUCUUAGGCCAAAGCAAACCAAAUUAGACAGUCCACUUAGCAAUCGUUAUGCAGGAGACUGGAGCAGCUGUGGAGAAAACUACUUCUUAAAUCCAAAAGAAAGUUUAAAUGAUGUGGAUUAUGAACACGUUCUAUCACAAGAUAGAGAAAAUGGAGAAAACUGUAGAAAAGUGUAUGGACCAGAUAUAAUGAUUAAGCAGCCAAUCCCCAUGUCCAAAGAGUGCACAUUUCAAACGUAUUUGACAAUGCAGACAAUUGGUUCUAGAGUGGAUCAAAAAGCCAACCUCAAAGAUCUUCAAGAGAGUAUUGAUACUUUGAUUGGAAAUCUAGAGCGUGAGCUCAACAAAAACAAACUUCAGAUGAGUGCUUGAGAUUGGAAAAAUUUUUAUUUGAUUUUUCAUAAUGACCCGAAAGCUUCAAAUAAAUCUCAUACCUCUGACAGCAAUGCUUUUAUUUUUUACUUUUGAAGUCCUCAGUUAAUUUCUAACCAGCUCAUGUGAUUUAAUUAAAAACACUAUUCAUUAAUGUAAUUUUUAUUGAUCCUCUUCAGAAAUUUUUUUCCUGGAGACAAAGAUAACCUAGACAUAGCUAAAGAUAACUGAGGAUAUUUUGAUCAUUCUUGCCAACCAGUUGUUUGGAGAUACCUUUUUUAAUGCACUUAUAAAAUUCAAACAUGUUAUUAGACCUUUGUAUUUUUGUACAUUGUAGGACUGCUCUUAUAUAGCUGAACCAUGGGUUUCUUUUAGAGAGCAUUGCAGUUGCUUAGUCUCUUCUGCAGUAUGUAACUAUGUACUGCAACUUUGUUUGAUUCAUUUGCAAUGCAAAUGCUGCUAUGAGAAAAUGUUUUUAUAAAUAAAGGUAAAGUAUACAAAUAUAAGUGUAUUCUGUAUUAACAUUCAAUAAUUAUUUAAGCUUAAAAAUUAAAUAUUUUUAUAAUCCUGAAAAUAUGUGUAUAUUUAUAAGUGCAUAUAUGUAUAGGUUUUUAGAGUGGGGGAAGGAUUGACUACAGAAUCACAUGUACAUUUAAAGUAUAUGUGUCAAAAGGCCAAAAAUUAUUAGCUUACCAAUCAAUGCCUUCUUCAGGGAAAAAAAAAAUCUAAGUAAAAGGAGGAGUUAUAUAAAAACACUUGAACCUAAACACUCUAGAAGCAUCUGAAUGGAGAUUAUAAUAGACUUUUUCUAGUUCACAGAAAGUCACAGUAUCUCCAGAGAAAAGUCAUGUUUUAAAUUGAAAUCUUCUAACUUUGUAAGGUAUUAAGUACUAGAUUUUUGCACUGCUGAUUAAGAAUAUUCUUUACACAUUUUAUAUUCUGCCUUUUAAAAUGAAAUAAUUAUACUUAAAAUAUAUUUAUUUGUAGUAAUACAUUUGUAACAUUGACUUUAUCAUUGUCCUCCUUUGCUCCUAAAGAUAUCUUGCCAGCAUGUUAGAUGUUACUGAUUUUUAAAAUUAAUUUAUUUUGGUUAAGUUUACCUAACAUUUAGUCAUCAUAGCAGUCACAGCAGUGUUUGAAUUAUAAACUUAGAAAGAUUUUAAACUAAAUUGGGAUGUAUUUUUUAAACUUUGUACCUACAAAAUAGUGGUUUUAAAAUUAUUUUUGAAAUUGAAUUGCCUGGUUGCUGAAGAGAUAGUAGAGUGGGUAAGGCAUUUUGCUUUGCAUGCAGACGACCUGGGUUCCAUCCCCAGCACCACCUAUGGUCCUCCGAGCUUGCCAGGAGUGCUCCCUGGACACAGAACUGGGAGUAAGCCCUGAACACUGAUGGGUGCGGCCGAAGACUAAAAGCAAAGAGAAAAGAAAACAAAAAAAUUGAAUUGCCAGCUUAAAGAUGUAGUAGCCACUAUGAAAUUGGCUCCUUGAUUUUAAAACAUUAACAUAUUUAACUGUUUUUUUGACUAUACAUUAGUAAAUGGAACACCUUGUUAUUUGAAAACCCAUUUGUUAAAUAGAUAAAUAUCUAUUUUUAUAUAAAAUCUCCCUCUUUUAAAAUUUUGUAUAUCAAUGCAAAGAAUAUCAAAAGAAUAUGUGGCAGGUACAUAUAUUAUAUAGCAAUUUUUAAAAAGUACUUUAAAUGUGUCAUGGAAAGACUAUAUCAAUAUUCUUCCCAUACUUUAUAUCAUGUAUAUUGUAUGAAUUUAUAAGUUGUUCCAUAAAUGUAAAAAUUUUAUUAAGAUGUCAUAACUUUGGUACCAUACUGUUAAUUAUAAUUAUUUUCAGGAUUACUUCUUUGGACUUCAUUGUUUUUAAACAGAGGUGUUAAAAUAUUAACAGCAUAUUUUUACUAUAAAAAUAUGUAAUAAAUAA